AAAUUUAAAAAUGAUUUACAGAAAGAUUUAGUACUCUGAUUGAUUAGAGAAAGUCAGCAUUAGCACUCUGAUUCAUUAUUGAAGGAAAAGAAAAUUUUGAGUUCCUGGAAAAAAUGGGAAGCAGUUUGGAGGCAACUAGUUUUAGUUUUCCAGAAUAUGCUUUGAGUUGGAAUGGCCAGAGACUGCCGGUCGUGGGAUUGGGAACGGCAUCCGAUCCAGUUGGAGGAUCAUACCUACUUACGAAACUAGCUAUUCUUGAAGCGAUUAAACUUGGUUACAGGCACUUUGAUACAGCUUCUUUGUACGGGACAGAGCUGCCGCUGGGUGAAGCAAUCAUUGAAGCAAUUUCGAUUGGCUUAAUCAAAUCUCGAGACGAGCUCUUCAUCACUUCCAAGUUGUGGUGCACCGAUGCCUACGGAGAACUGGUUCUUCCUGGUCUUCGGAGAAGCUUACAAUAUCUGAAGUUGGAGUACCUCGAUCUCUAUCUUAUUCAUUGGCCUAUAAGCUUGAGAAAAGGAAUUGAAGGAGUCUCAGGAGAUACGGAAUACCUGAUGUUCCCCAUGGAUUUCAGUUCUGUAUGGGUCGCCAUGGAAGAUUGCCAGCGGCUUGGACUCACAAAAUCAAUAGGUCUUAGCAAUUUUACAUGCAAAAAGGUGGCUGAUAUUUUGGCAAUAGCAAAGAUCCCACCGGCUGUUAAUCAGGUGGAAUUUAACCCACUUUGGAAACAAAAGAAGCUAAGAGAGUUUUGCCAUUCAAAUGGGAUCCUUUUGUCUGCUUACUCUCCAUUGGGAGCCAUAGGAACCAGUUGGGGCAGCAAUAGAGUUCUGGAGUGUCAGGUGCUGAAAGAAAUUGCCAAGGCAAAAGGGAAGACCGUGGCUCAGGUAUGCCUAAGAUGGGCAUAUGAACAAGGGGUCAGUAUAGUAGUGAAGAGCUUCAACGGUGAAAGAAUGAAGCAAAACCUUGAGAUAUUCAAUUGGUCAUUGAGUGAGGAUGAGCUGAAAAAGAUUGAUGACAUCCCACAAAGCAGAGGCUGCCAGGCAGAAGAUUUCAUCUCCAAAGACGGUCCUUUCAAGACACUUGAGGAACUUUGGGACGGAGAAAUUUGAUUUGAAAUAAUAUUUCAUCCCCACAUGAUUUUCUUUUCUUUUCUUUUUUCAAAUUUGACAUGGAAAAUUGCAUUUAUGUCACUCUAUAGUAAGUCCUAUGACAAAGUUGUUGUAUUUUUCCCUUCCCCUGCCUUCAAAGAAAGAUUGCUUAGUUCUCUUUUAUUGCUCACUUUCACAUCCUCCAUCUCAUUAUAUGAAGUCUUUCCAACUCAGUCCAAGGGAACAUCAUGUAACUCUUGUCUAAAACAUUUUUCCUCCAAAAAUCUCAAGUUGCAGCACCUUGAUCUCUUUCUUAUUCACUGGUCCGUGAGCUUAGAACCUGGGACUUGUGAAUUCCCAAUAAAGGAGGAAAACUUCCUCCCCAUGGAUUUCAAUUCUGUCUGGACAGCCAUAGGAGAUUUCCAUAGGCUUGGCCUCACAAAGUCCAUUGGCGUCAGCAAUUUUCCUACAAAAAGCUGAAUGACAUCCUCACCAUAGGAAAGAUCCCUGCGGUUUGAUAAUCGGGUAACAGCUCGCCCUCCCUCACUCUCUUCUCAAUUUGGUUUGGAGUAAUGAUAGUGAAA